AUCACUUGACCUCGACCAAUACCUUUGAAUCUGUUCCGACCUCAAGGACUCAAAUCGCCUGCAGCAGUAAUUGGGAGAGUUCUGUCUAGGCCUGGAAAGUCAAUAACACGAUUGAGGACUUGUUGGUCAACGUUCUAAAGAGUUAGCCCAUUCAGCGCCAAGUGACGAGCGGGCUGUGGUUCUAUCAUUCCAUGGACGCCAAAUCAUGAUUCCACGAAGGCUCUAUUCCAUUUCUGUCAUUCGUUUGACCCAAUGCCAAUUGGCGGAACGAUUAUCAAUGCGGACAAAAUAAGGGUGCCCAUGUCCUCCUUGGAUGGUCUCAAUACCGACGCAUUGAACGAAAUAAUCCAGCUUGUCCAUGCUUCCUCAAGACACACAUUAUUUUCCCUGUUGCGGGUCAACAAGACCUUUCACGAUUUGACACUACCUUUUCUCUACCGAGUUCUGGAUUUCGACUUCACACAAGCAGAUCAUCGGCGUUGCACAGAAGUUCUUCACGACCCAUACACUUACUCACAACACCGAAUUCAUUCCAUCACGGGGGGUGAUCCAAGGAUCCUCAAGGCGAUCAGGAAGGUCGUUGUUCACUCUACCUAUGCUCGAUGGCCAAGAGACACCCUCCAACGAACAUAUUUCAUACCGUCUGACGAAGACAUUGAGUGCAAAUGGUCGUUUUUCGUUACAUUCUUAUCUCGGAUCGCUCAUCUACAAGAACUGGUGUUCGAUUGUCAAGAGAGGGUCCCCCUCGUCUUACUGGACGUUCUUCAUAGCCGACAUCCACUAUGCCGACUUCAUGUGCGGGGUUGGACAAGGGCUGGGUACGACGUGCGGGUAGGAGAUCCGUAUGAGAAGGCGUUGGCUAUGUCACCUUGCCUUCGAAGUAUCGACGCAUUCGUUUUUUCGGGUCCACCAGGAGCAGAUCUUUAUUUGCCGGCAUUUCUUCGAAUCGCGUCCCUUGCACCAAACCUCCAGUCAAUGGGCUAUAGCAUCUCGACUUCUGGGGGUUGGCGGUCUGCGCUGAACCGAUUAACGACAGAGCAGAGAGAAAAGAUUCGAACAGAGUCAGAACGAUUCGAGGUGAAGGAGCCGGUACGGAAAGGGUUGAGGAAGAUCAAAUGGACUGAAUUGGACGAGAACGUUCUUGAUCGCUUUGAACAAGCGGGUCUGGACCUUGGAACAGUCGAGUCGUUGGAUAUGGGGGAGGUAUCCCGUAUCUCAGGGUUGAUUCGUGCGAGAAAUCAGGGACUUUUUGCGGCUCUCAAACACCUAUCCUUCACCGUCAAUCAUUCUUCUCGCUCAGACUGUACGGAGAAGGAAUUGAAGUCGAAUAUUGUCGACUUUUUACUCUCCAUUCCGCCGUUACAAUCCUUGUCCAUCGCUAAUUACUCGGCAUUCAUCGAUCUCUUCGCCCUUUUGCGUUGGCAUGGCGGUUCGCUCCGCUCAUUAUCCCUGCACGAGGUGGAGAUUCCUCACGAAAACGAAACGCGGGAGGUUCUGACUGUUGGACAGUUAAAAGAAUCUACGCUCAAUGGCGUCCCAAUUGGAGGAGAUAGAAUUGGACAUCAACAGGACGGUUGAUGAUGCAAAUCAUUUGGCUUACUACGAGGUCCUCGGGUCGUUUCCGCAACUUCGCCGCGUCAGCAUCCACUAUGACUUCGGUCGGGUCCAUCGGACUUGUGGUGGCCAGCUCAGUGACUGUCCUCGGAAUCGGAAAUAUCCCGAAAAAUUUGAUGAAAACUUUGGGAUGAGCGUUUGGAAGACUCUCCAUACUUCCAAGCAAAAACAUGGUCAUGCCUACCGAGGGAUUGAGGAGAUAGCGAUAUUCGUCGGACGGCGUCGUUGCCAGAGCAGGUUUGGUCUGUUAGCAGGUGGGAGGCAUUCUGCCCAGACGCUGGUUUUGAGGGCGAAUGAGAGAGAUGAUGAGAGGAAUGAGCGUAUUGUUAGGGUUCUGGCGCCCUCAGGGUUUUUCAUAGGACGAUAUUGUGCGUAGCCGUACGAGAGGAAGGAAUAACUAUCUAUCUUGCGUUGAUACCGUACUCUUCGCAUGGACUUUUAGUGGAGAAAUGGAAAUCCAACCCUGAACGAUGUUUACUGUCAAGUUGUGUCAGAUCCGAGAUGGACAACUCAGUGCAACAAAAAAGUCAGAUUGUCUCUGACCACCGCCUCCGAAUCAAAUUUCCAAACGUCGAUCCCUCGUCUCAUCUCUCUUCCCGUACAUCCUACAAGUCCAACUCUACCUGAGGCGGCAAUCCAGAGUACCGGCUGCUUUGUUUUGGUAACGAGUCAUUCGCUGGAUUUGGACUUUGUCCCCGGUGUUUCUCGAGAUAGCGAUCCAAUGCAAGACUUGCCAUUGUGUUAAGGCAAUCGAAGGUGCUCGCUCUGUAGGGAACUUAUAUCAGAACAUUCAUACCCC